GGUCCUGCAUCAUAUUUCCUGUUACCAAUCAGAUUGUAACAAAAUUUCGAUCAAUUUCAAAAAUGUCCCAAUACCGCUCCCUCAGCACUACUGAAGUCUCCAGAGCAUUGCCGUGAGAGUCCGCUUUUGCGCACCCUUUCAUGGGUUUAUCUGCUAGGGGUGUUAACAAUAUCUGAUGGUAUUUAUGGAAGCAAGUGGAACAGGCAGAAAUUCGGAUAAGAGGAUUCAAAAGAAUGCAAAAAAUGUCAUACCAAGAAACUUAUCUUAAGGAUUUAACAUUUUUUAUAUAUAUAUACAAAGAUAUCUAGUGGAGGCAAAACACAGUAGAAAUGAUUAUAAAGGGCUUGCUGAGGAGAUAUGAAAGAUGGAAUCCAGUGCAUCCUACAUACGGAGCCUUCUGGGGCAUGGGAAUAGGUAUUGGCUGUGGUGUGGGAUGGGGUCCUGGAUUUGGUCCUGAGGCAAUUGGUUAUGUUGGAGCUGGCUGUGGUGUUGGAUUCAGCGUUGGCUUCUCUCUGCUUGGAAUUGGCAUUGGCCUUCCUGCCAAUUACAUCUAUACAGUUCCUUACAAUGCCUUCACAGCUACCAGAAGUGGUGCUAUAGAUAUGGCUCGAUCCACUGGUAUACUAAGAGAGAGUCGGUGUUACCUCGAUUCAAACAUUUCUGGCUUGCAAGAAAGGGCUCUGCGAGCUUUUUCAAGCUUAAGGGUCAAAGAAUCAUUAGGGAAGGUGGUAGAUUCGUCUGAAAUGCUGACCAAAAUGUCCUUUCCCAAUCAAUUGAUGGAUCGUCUAAAACAAGGCAUCAAUGACUUACUUCAUCCUUGCAAAGGUUUAAAGGAUUAACAGCAUGGAGCGGAGCACAAUGUUUUUCUAGCACAGAGGGAUCAAUGUACAACUAAUUUCAUUGGCCUUUGCUUUUGCCUUACAACAGAGUUCUGUUGGCUUA